CCACCACUGAAAUUAAGGUUGUGUUCUGUCUCUGUUAGAUUACCGCGUACGUUUUGAGUGCGAACGGGACGGCGUCAACACUUUGGCCAUCAAUUCAUAACCAUCUUUCUUUCUUGUGCAACUGUUUCUCGUCGGUCGUGUGCUAGGAUCGAGUGCGAGCGCAGGAUGGACGCCAUUCGUGCGAGAUAAAUUGUGAUAAAUUGUGGCAUCGCUCGCGUAGCGACAGCGGGACGAGUGGCGACAGUGCGUGCAUCAGUGGCGGGCGUGGAGUAUGCUAUAUGUGUGACUGGUGUUGGUGCGUUCGGGUGGCCUCGGUGCGCGGAGCGAGCAGCCGCUGCGGAGAGCACGGGGAGCGCAGGGCCCGGGAGCGGCUCGGGCGGUGCAGGCCGAGCGGACCAUGGCGGGCGCGAGGUGAUCGGGCGGCCGCGGCGUCCGCUCGCGCUCCGCCGGCCCCAUGCGAGCGCCGGAGGUUUUAUGGGGAUUUGCGUGAGCUGCCGGCGCCGCGACCGCAAGGCACCCGAGAAGCGUUGGGUGCCGGGCACCAGGCCCGCUAAGGGCGCGGCGGCAGAGUUGCUCCCGCGGCGCUGGCCCCUGCCCGCCAUGGCCAACUCCAUCUCCAACAUCAAGAUGACCAACCCGAUCAAGGGCAUGGUGAGCAAGCGUCGGAUACGCUACAUGAAGGACGGUUUCAAUCUGGACUUAGCAUAUAUAACGGACAGGCUCAUAGCGAUGGGCUACCCGGGGGACAAGCUGGAGGGAGUGUACCGCAACCACAUAGACGACGUGUACAAGUUCCUGGAGCAAAUGCACAAGGGCCACUACAAGAUAUACAACCUGUGCGCGGAGAGGACCUACGACAGCAACAAGUUCCACGGGAGGGUGCAGCGGUACGAGUUGGUAGACCACGCUCCCCCGGAGAUCACCCAGAUCCAGCAGUUCUGCGAUGACGUGCACCACUGGCUCAACGAGGACCCGAAGAACGUGGCCGCAGUGCACUGCAAAGCUGGCAAAGGGAGGACAGGUACGAUGGUAUGCUGCUACCUGCUGUACUGCGGGCAGAAAGAGUCGGCGGAUAUGGCUCUACAGUUUUACGGGCACAAAAGGACGCACGACAAGAAAGGCGUAACGAUCCCGUCGCAGCGGCGCUACGUGGACUACUACGCGGCGCUGGUGCGCGGCGGGCUCGAGUACCGCGCCACGCGAGUGCACGUGCGCGAGCUGCUCAUGUCGCCACCGCCUGCGUUAACGGGCUCCCAGUGCACGCUAGAGGUCACCGUGACGCAGCCCAAGAUCCUGCCCGAACAAACGUUCAAGGCGUCGCUGGGCUCGCACGAGUUGCGGCGCAGCGAGGGCGGCGCGGGCGCGGCCACGGCGCGCGUGUGCGCCGCGGUGUGCACGCCGCUGGCGGGCGACGUGCGCGUGGACGUGUACUGCAAGCCCAAGAUGAUGAUGCGCAAGGAGCGCCUGUUCCACUUCUGGUUCAACACCUUCUUCGUGACGGCGUGCGUCGGCGCGGAGCCGGUGCCCGCGCCCGACGACAGUCCAAACCUCGAGACGUUCAAACUGACGCUGGAUAAGUGGCAGUUGGACGAUGCGCACAAAGACAAACAACAUAAAUUGUAUAGUCCUGACUUUAAGGUGGAACUAAUAAUUCAAAAGCAGCCCGAGUCGUCAACGUUCAGCGGGCACUCCGCGCGGGCGUCGUCGUCACUAUCGUCCUGCGCAUCCUCGGGCUCCGAGCCCGACACGGAGCCCGACGGCAACUGGGACUCGGGUGAGCGCAUCUACCGGCCCUGCCACCGCUGCCCCUACCUCUAUAACACAGAUUACGACUACCCCGAUUCCUAUACGAGCAAACCCGACGACUUCGCGGACCUACCCGAGUACACUCCCAAUGACGAUGAUAAACUUUACAUGAAUGUUAAUGAUAAUUCUAAUACUAACACACAAUACGACGAUUUUAGUUUAAGUAAGAAUAUAAAUGUACCCGAUAACUCGAAUGGUGAUAAAUUAUAUACUAACGCCAGCGAACACACGAUAGAUACAAACCCACGAUAUGAUAACAGUAAAAGUAAAACUCCAGAAUUGGAUGAUUAUUUACGUAUGAAGACGCAAGAACGUCUUAAUGAGUCGAGUAAAUCUGACGAAUCUAGUCAGUCUGUAAAUAUAGAUGAUGAGUUAUGUUCGAACAAAGUUCUACAGCACAAUGAUAAUGAAAUGUGUAGGACUGAGAUUGAUAAAGCUAGUGGUGUACAUUCAAAACCUCUGUCCGAUGACAUUGAAGCAUCACGUGAUACGAAUUUCCCCGUUAAUAAUGAAUCGUGUACGUGCAAAUUGGAACGGCUCGAUAGAAAAUCAUCAUUCGCAAGUCAUCUUCUUGACGAUGACAAAAAAUUAUAUACAAAUCAAUUUGAACUGCCCGUUAAUACAGGUUUAGAUAAACCUGAAUGUGAUUAUAAUGUGUAUAGAAGCAAUGGUGAGAAUACUAUAAAACCUUGUCAAAAUUUAAGUAAACCUCAAUAUUAUUCAGUUAACGCUGAUUCAUGUAUCAAUAAAUCAAAACAUCCGAUUGGUAAUAUGCACACAUGCAAUACAGACUCGAUUAAACGCGAUUUCUUUACCGAUAUUCAGUCAGAUAAUACGUUUACGAAUAAAGUUGACUAUCAAGUUAAUACUAUUGAUCAAAACGAUGUAAAAUAUUCUAUAGAUAAUGAACUAUCUGAUCCCGAAGAUACCGGUUCUAUUAAUAAAUCGUUAGAUUACUUCAAAACAAAUCUAUGUACAGAUGGAGAUUCAGUUUGUACUAAACCUCCGGAAUAUUUGGACGGUACGAAUAUUUAUCAGGCUGUUACUGAAUAUUCUAUCGGUAUAGAAAAAACCCCCCAAUAUCUAAACAGUACAGAAAAACCUCCGGAUUAUUCGGUAGAAAGUAAAAAAAUCGUUAAAACCGAGGAAUUUAGUAAAAAAGAUAAGAAAUGCAAAUCUGUGUCAAAGCCUAGACUCUCUCUGGGCGACGUGAGAGCCUCUUGGAGAGAGUUCAGUGGAAAGUUCGGAGAGAAUAGGAAGAAAAAACAUAAAGACGACCGACAGUGAUAUUAAAAGUGUCGUAGCCACAGACUAAAGCGCUCUUGUUCACACACGUUUUCCGCCGUGGAAACCUACGCUUAAUACGUAGGCACGGUAUAUAGGUGUUGUUGAAUACUAUGGAAGUUUGUUUACGGAUACGGUCGUAAUACGCCAAGGCAUGUCGCAUUUGCGUGUUAUAUGACAGUCCAGUCUUCUUGGAUCUGUCUCCGUAUUUAGUUGACCGGAACCUUCGUAUAAAAGUUGUAAGUAGUGCCGCUGGUACGGCUUUUUGCUGGGUCACUCUAGCUGGCCGAGCUCACUCAAAUAGCUUAGCGGGCUCCCCGGGUCGUCGAGUGAUACCUAGCCCUUAUCAAGGCCGGUAUUUUACCGUCUUGUAUACAAGUUCACACGAUUUAUUGACAGCGCAAUUAACGCACUGUACGAUAAAGAAGCCCUGCGGUGAAAAUGAGGCCUAAAGGCCAUUUUCUGAUCACAAAAACGACUAGUUGCCUAAGGGCGCCCUUUUCAUCAAGGAUGUGCUAGCAUAUACGCAUAAAUGCACUGUCUACCCUUAAGUUUUGAAACAGAUAAUAUGUAUCAUUUUCUUGACCUACGUUGGUCAAAUCUUAUACACUAUCGCACUGUGUGCGUAUCUAUGUGCGAGAAACUAAAGUUGCUCCUUGUAAAGUCCUCCUCCAUAUGCUAGCAUAUACGCAUAAAUGCACUGGCUACCCUUUUAAACGGACCUUUCUUGUUUGUAUCAUUUUCCAGACCUACUUUGGUCAUAUCAUGUUCACUUAUUUCACGGUGUACGAAAUAUCUAUGCGAUAAGAGCGUAAAGUUGUACCUCAAAAAGGCCAAGGCCUCUUCCACCAAAAUAGGGCUGUUUUAACCGCCUCAUUGAAGCUACGUGGUGGGCUUAAUCUCUAUAUCCCUGCCAUAAGAGAAGAGACCCGUGGAACAUUAAUUAUUCCCGCAGGGCAUCCUCUGUGGAAAGGCGGAUGU